GAACAACUAACUUGAAGGAGAUAACACUGAUUGGUACCGCAAAGUACCUACGAGGCAAAUACAUUAAAUUUGAAUUUAUUAAAUUAGUUAAUAUCGUAUCAAAUUACUGAGAAUGAUGUUUGUUUAUCCCAACUUCAUUAGAACUAAUUAAAAGGUCAUCUAUUAAAAAUUACACCAAAUUCAGUCAAAAGUUAAUAAAAAUUAAAUAAAUAGGAAUCGCUUCCAAGUUUUAACGGUUGUUCGUUCUUGUGUGUCACAUUUCGAACAUCAUGGGUGUGAUGGGUGUCAAAGCUUUACAGUGGAUUCAGUUCGUGGCGAAAGGUGUAAGCGAGGUUGAUGCUGACCAGGGAAAAGAGUGGCCUCAAGCUCUAGCUAUACUUAUCGGUUGCUUAGCUGCAUUGACAAACGGUUUGCUGACAUCCUGGGCGUCUCCAUUUCUACUAAAAAUCACCAAAGAUAAAAUCAACUAUGAUAUCACAGAAGAAGAAGCUUCGUAUUUUACCAUCAUCCAUCCAGCCGCCAUGAUGGUUACUUGCGUCAUGUUCUCGUAUUUAUGCGACAUCAUUGGAAGAAAGAAAACUCUAUUGUUGAUUAGCAUACCGCAUUUAUUGUCUUGGAUAUUAGCGGCAUUUGCGAAAAGUGUUUAUGUCUUUUAUGCUUCAAGAAUUUUCGCUGGAAUAUCAGAUGGGUGUUUAUUCGCAGCGUUGCCGAUGUAUAUAGGAGAAGUUGCUAGUCCGAAAGUGAGGGGUACUUGGGGGAACGGUAUGGUUUCAGCUAUGUACUUAGGAGAAUUUUUGAUUCAUAUAAUAGGUUGCUAUUUUGGAGUAGCAGAUACUUCCUACAUAUGCAUCCCACUGACUGUUUUAUUCUUUAUCUUCUUCUCCUUCAUGCCUGAAUCUCCAUACUUUUACAUUAUGAAAGGGAAUCAUGAGAAGGGUAAACAAGCAUUGAGAUUUCUAAAACGAAAACAAAAUAUUGACGAUGAUUAUUUAGCUUUGACAAACGAUGUUAAAAGACAGAUGUCAGAAUCUGGUAGUUGGAAAGAUUUGUUUUGCAUUAAAACGAAUAGGAAAGCAUUAAUUUCAGCUGUAUUCUUAAGAUCGUCUCAACAACUUGGAGGAACUAGCGUCUUCAUAAUGAAUACUGAAUUUGUUUUUGAAAAAGCUAAAGGUGGAGUCAGCCCUGAAACUUCCUCUAUGAUCUAUUUAGGGUUAUGUUUCGUUUUAAAUAUUAUAGUAAUUGUUUUUGUGGUAGAUAAAUUAGGUAGACGACUAUCUUAUAUAUUAUCAUUAUCACUAUCUUCAAUUCCUCUUUUAAUAUUAACGUUAUACUUUUAUUUCGAUCAAUUUCACCCAGAGUUAGGAAUUGGUGAUAACAAUUGGAUUCCUAUAGCUGCAAUGAUAGUAUAUCAACUAUUUAAUUCAUUUGGAAUGGCAGUUAUUCCUACUUUGAUGAUAGGAGAGUUAUUCUCCACUAGUAUCAAAUCAAAAGCUAUGACAAUGUUGAUUAUGGAUUUCGGUUUGAUGAUAUUUUUGACCAAUAAUAUUCUGUUUAAUUUAGACCGAUACGUUGGUUUAUAUGGACCAUUUCUAUUCUUCGCUUUGUCGAACAUUAUUUCUGUCAUUUUGGCAUUCUUUUUGAUACCGGAAACUAGAGGAAAGACGUUAGAAGAAAUUCAGCAGUCAUUGAAACUUGGGAAAAUUAAAUAGACGUGAUUGACAGGAAACAAGUAUCCGACCAAUGCUGGGUCAAAGGUCUUUCAUUUUUCGUACAUUGAAGAGCUGGCACUACCAAAGAUUUUAUAUUCAGAGUUGUAUUUUGGAACAAUAUAAAAGAAGAAGAAUUAUAUGUAAAAGUUGUUAUGUUUAAAUAAUAACAGUAGACAUUA